AUGGCUCAGCAAUUGAAGUUUGUAGCGUGCUUGAAGAUUCUCAUGGAGGAGUUGAGCACUCUGGCAACUGGGUUUGAGGUGGAUGGUGAAGAAAGUGUAAUUGCAGAACCAGAGCACUGUGGCACUCCAGUGCAAAGGCUUAAUGAGAAACCCACUCUCCAUGAGAUCUUGAUGGCUGAGAAGAUGGACUUUGAAGCUAAGGUACAGCGUGCGUCUCGACGAAAGAAAUGGUUGAAAGCGAAUGAAGCCCUCUUGCGCACACUGCUGAGCUACUGUUCCCUGCACGGAGCUAGUGGGGGUGGGCUGGCAGCUGUACGUAUGGAGCUGGUGCUUCUCCUUCAGGAGCUGCAACAGGAGAAAAGCCAGCAGCAGCUGCUGUCUCCCCUGCCUUUCCCCACCACUCUGCCUCUGCUUUCGGCCUCAGUAGCAUGCCACAAAACAGUUGUUGCUGAUCCCGUCCGCCACCUCCAGUGUCCUGCUCCAGAAUCACAACCACCAGAAUCCUCAAGUUCCUCAUUCCUGUCCUUUGCCUCAUUCCUUGCUGAAACCCCACGACUUCAGGCCCAAACACAUGAUAUGCUGGCAACCAUCAUGGAACUGCGCGGCCCCCCUGCACCAUCUCGAAUGCUGUACCACAGUGAAGUAUUUGUUUUACGUGACCUUGCUGUGGCACUUUCAGCCUGUAUUUAUCAAAGUCUUUGUGACUCAGAUACAUUCAGUGUAAAGCAGCAACCGUCUGACAAUUUCCCUCCGUCUGCUCUGGAGUCAUUGGCUCGUCUCAACAUUGCGCAUUCCAGUAGUCAUUUAAUAUCUGGACAGCCUCCACGUCGUCGUCGUUUCAGCAGUGAUGAACCUCUACAGGUGACUACACAUCCCAGCAAGUGGCCAGGUGUUACUAAUCUUCGUGCUUUGUUGGCACGGGAGAAAGAUGAAGAUACGCCCCGUCUGAACAUUCUCUUGGUAGAAGCUUUUGUUGCUACAUACAUGAGCUUGGUGGUGUAUGCCUUAUCCACCUGUGACUCUCUCAUUCUGUACCGUCUGGUAGGACAGCAUUUUUCCCAGCAGACUUGGGCUUUUUUAUUUGGAGGAGGAGUGAAAAAGCUGCUGCGUGUGGCUGCUAGUAAUCCAACUCCCCAGACACCACAGACACCUCAGAGUGCUGGUCCAGGCUCCCUCGAACGCGAAGGUAGUGCCAGUGAAGGCAGUGGGGUAUGGACUGCUGUAACAAGUCUCACUAAGCAGCGCUACCGACUCAAUAUGCGACUGUUGGGUCAGUUUGGCUCGCAAGGCGGUGCACCACAUAUGAAAGAAGACAAGCCUACUUAUCGGGAGCAAUUUGUCCCUCCUGAAAUGUCCAUGAUAUCAUACUUUCUCAUGAAGCCACAGCUGUCAGCUGAGGCUGCUGUAGUGGAUUAUGACUCUGCUGAGUCAGCAGAGAGUGAGCCAGAGGAUGAAGAAGAGGAAGAGGAUGUGUUUGAGGGCAGUGGAACAGGUAUAGGAGGGGCCUCUCGCUUGGGGGCGACACGAGAACCCUCUUCAGAACACACUAAUCCUGGAUCCUUCAGCUGGUGUGUUUUAAGACUGGCCAUAGCACGUGUUGUACAGCGACAACUUCACGAAUUCCUUAAUGCAGCUGGAAUCGAGUUGCCAGAACUUCCAGUUCUGAGUCCUCUGGUCCAUGGAGUACUGCGCACAGUGGCACAAUGGCAGGAAUUACUGGCAGAUGAACUCGAUCAACGUCGGCCCCCACCAGCAGAUUACAUUCCUGGUUGCUAUGUUGAACCCACCACAACAGGUCCUGCAAUUCACAAGUAUCGCUCCCUUUUGGAGGCUUCCAAUACUCCAUUCCAUGGCCGACAUGCUUCUGCUGCACCUGCUCGACGACUGUGGAGGUAUCUGGUGCGACAAGAACUGGUACAGGAAAUCUUUAUCCGAGCAGUAUUUGGAAAGCGUCGUUCAGUUGUGUCCAUGUGUGAACCACUCUGUGGCUUGGAUAGUACCCGUGGGCCAUCAGAAGAUGGUGCUGAGACUGGUACUGCCCCACCUCCACUUCCAGAGCCUGUGAAGAUUAUUCAUAAGGACCAGGAUUCCAUUUCUGCCUUCUGCCUCAAUCAGGUACCGCAAUCUGGUUCUGGAUUGAUGGCUUUGGCUACACCUCGAGAAGUGCAGGAGAUGGACAUUUCUUUACUUCUAGAGUCUCCAUCAUGGCUGGAAGAUGAAUGAUUAUCUCUUAUGUACAGGGAUCCAGAUACACUUCCAGCUUCAAGUUUCCUAGUUAUUCAAACUGCAGCUGAUAGAGCUAUUGUACAACAGACUCUGCCACCGGGUGCAGGUUCAGCUGGACUUAAUACUCCAGCUACUCCACAACCAGGGUUGGGCAGCCAGACUGGACGAGGUGCUUCUGUGGUACAGAAACACCGUGUGGAUGGCAUCCGCAGAGUGUGCUCUCAUCCAUUCAUGGCAAUGUACCUGACUGGUGCGCAAGAUGGUUCAGUACAGAUGUGGGAGUGGAAUGCCACCCAACCAGUAGCUGUGCCCAGACCCCCAGGCACAUUUGCCAAAGUAACUCGAGUACGAUUCAGUGAACACGGCAAUAAGUUUGGUGUUGGAGAUGGAGACGGAAAUGUGAGUCUGUGGCAAGCAUCAUUUGGCAGUAGCAGCUCAGCUCCUUUUUUCACGUACCAGUGCCACAACAAGUUGACAAGUGACUUUGUGUUCUUGGGAUCGUGUAGUUUGAUUGCAUCUGCUGGUCAUAGUUCUGAAAGCCGAAACUUGGCCAUUUGGGAUUCACUGUUGCCUCAGAAGAAAGCCCUUGUGCAGGCAUUCUCAUGCCAUGAACAAGGAGCAUCUGCUUUGGUGUAUGCCCCUCAGCAUCAGCUUCUCAUCUCUGCAGGAAAGCGUGGUGAUGUUUGUAUUGUGGAUGUGCGUCAGCGUGUUUUGCGUCAUCGCUUCCAGGCUCAUGACUCUGCUGUAAAGUGCUUGGCUCUGGACCCUGCUGAGGAAUUCUUUGUCACUGGUUCUGCUGAUGGAGAUAUCAAAGUGUGGGCUCUUGCUGUUCAUGGUGCCCUGUAUUCCUUCCCUGGAGAACAUGCUCGUUCAUCGUUCUUCAAAAACAUUGGCCAAGGAGUCACCCAGUUGCACGUGGAUGGCGCUCAUAGAAUGUUUUCCUGUGGUGCUGAUGGAUCCAUGAAAGUGCGUCAACUCCCUGACAGAGAGGCCGCAGUGCAUACUUUGUACUGAACACUCUUCCGAACAAAAUGUUGUUUAACUGAUUUGUAAUUCAGCAUGGGACGUAAUCAUUGUAUGCUGCACAAAAAACCAUCACUAUCUGCUUUGUCAUGUGUGCGAAAGAUGGAGAGCAAGUAUUAAGUAGUACAUAAAUCUGUACUGCUCGUUUUUGAUAUUUGGUUCUUAAUUUUUAAUUACUUUUUCAUUUGGUUCUUUGAGAAGAACAGUCAAGAUCAUGAGUUUUUUUACUCUGGUACCUUUGCCUUCUGCUGCCAAAUGUUUAUUUUUAGUAUGAGCCUUCCCAACCCUGGCCAUGUGUCUUAUGAUUUGUCAUUUACAAAAUUUAUAGAGUUAUUUGCUAGAUGCACAGUAGAGAUGAAGAGACAAGUAAGCCUCUGUAUGAUCCAUGCUGUUGUUCUUGAUAAUGUAUUAAAAAAGGGUAUACAUACACAUAUAUUUUGAAUAGGUUAUUUUAUUGGGAGCUUCUGCUGCAGCAUGAGGUUACUUUGUUACUGUUGAAGGAAAUGUGUAAUAGAGGGUCUUGCAUUGCUUAUAGCUGUUAAAGUAGUGUUUGCCUAGUCACAUAGCUGUAGCCAUGGGGUGCCAUGCUCCAGACUGAGUCACAAUCACCCAGAGGCACUUCGGCCUCCGUUAUUGUGCUGUGAAUAUAUACAUAUAUACUACGUUGUUGUUAUUGUUGAUGUUGUUGUACUAUAUUAUAUAUAUAAUGACUUUUUAUCCAAUAUUCUUUCAUCUUAAUAACAGAGAGGAGAAUCUAGUGAACAGUGACAGUCUAUAAAGGUCUAGUCUGUUGUCUUCUGUGUUGUGUCGUAGGUGUUUUGUCCUUAUGUGAUGCGAUGUGUUUAAAAUUGUGUGUGUGGCUUCAGCAGAGCAAUGUUGGUGAGAUGAAUUAAUACGCAUUUCUUGUUAGGUUGCAAUCUAUGUGAACAAAUGUACUUCAUGUUUUUUGUGUUGAUAAAUUAAUAAAGUGACUUUCGUAAGGAAACGUGUCAACACAACAUAGUGUUAGGUAAUUGCGCUUGUUAACGCCUGAAAUAAUCUGACAAGAAAUGUGAUCUAUACCAACCAACCUGGAAUGUGAUUAUGAAUUAUGGAAACCUUAAUGUGAUUUUUUCAUUUGUUGACAUUUUACUCUUGAUAUUAAAAGAAUGAAGUAAACUAUAUCAAUUAUUUAAGAACUACUUGAAAAAGUAAGUUAUUCCAUGGUUGGCAUUUUCUUCAUUUGCAAGUAUACAUUUUCUUCUUCUUUUGCAAGUAUACAUUCCGUGAGUGUUGCUUGUUGUGAAUUCAAAACCAAAGUUGUAUAUUGCACCAGUAAUUGUUUUAUUGUGAAGAAUAGAUGAUGCAAGUACCGUAUCCUGAAGUUGGAGGAGAUAUUUGUUGUUGUUAUUGAGUUAUAUGUACCUAAGAUAAUUAUAGCACUUUUUGCUAAAAAGAACUUUUACAUUUAAUUUAUAGUACAUGAAACUGUUUUGUUGUAUUUUAAAUAGAUUUAUUUUUAAGCACUUCACAGUAUUUUAGAAGUUUUGUUAUUGGUGUAAACUAUUAAAUCUUAUGUAAAGUUUGUAUAUAAUUCCUUAGGUUAACAAUGCAAGUGGGGGUUGUGUUGGGAGGUGUUUUAAAUGGCUAUUCCUAAUAGAGUAUUCUUAAUGCAUUGAGUGGCAAUUCGGCAUUAAGUGUACACUGUCAAUGGACAGUCAGUAUGAGAUUCAGCCAAUUUUUGGCUCAGCGACUUACUUUUUGUGCAACAGCAGUCCCAAGGCUAGCUUCUCAGGCCAAGUGUUAACUGUUGCAAUCUCACUGUACAUAAAUAUUAUAUCUUUCCUGUUCCUGUGUACUCUAUUACUGUGUAUACAUACUACUUUAAAAUGACAAUACAUUGUUAUCAAUCCCAUAGAGUGCUGUUAUUCAUUGUAAGUUGUUAAAGGCACUAGUUCUAGUAUGUCAUUUGGAAUUAUUACUUAAAACUUGUACAAAAUUGUCAAACAUUUUCUGUACUUGGAUUUAUUAUUCAAUUUUGACUUGCAUAGAUUUAUGGAGUAAGCUGACCGUUCUAUUUCUUGUUAAGUUUUGUUGUGACUGGUGACCCCAACUUUAUUGCUGUUAUUCUUACUAUUUUCUAACCAAAACCUCUUUUGUAUAAGAGGAUGAAUACUGAGACAUUGGGAACUGUUGGGAGAACAUUUUGUUCUCAAGUGAGUAGCGGCAAUGAGUACUGUCAUAUUUACAUAAAUAUACACACUCAAUGUAAAUAUCUACACUAAAUCUGUAUGACUGCAGUGAAAGAAUAAAAUUAAAUUAUAUUCAAGAAUCUUGAUGUUUAUGAGCUGGUUUUAGAAAGGAAUGUGAAAUUGGGCAAAAUAAGGAUGGAUUGUGACUAAGGGAGUUAGUAUGUCACAGAAAGAACAAAUAAAUCACUUUCAUUUGAAAUGAAUAAAUUAGGUGUCUGAUAACUCAGUGACACAAGUCAGAUUUGUUAUUGCUUCCAGUUUUCUAGAAAUGAUAUUUUAUUGCAUUUGGCUUCAUAAAACUUAAAACCCUAUUUAUAGAUAGAACCAAUUAGGUUUGUUGAGUGGACAGGAGUACAGAAUAUAUGUUGUGAAGAAAUUAGAAACCUAUAUAUAAACAACAGGAACACAUGACUCUGACUGAAUCUAAUUAUGAAUCCAUUAUGAAUCUAAAGCUCUCAGCCGUAAUAAUACAAUGGAGAAAUCCCAAUUAGUGUUGGAGAGGGGGGGGGGGGACAUUAUUUUCAGAACCUGCAAAUACUAAUCCUCUACACAUAAAAGGCAAUACUCAAAAACACAAACCUUUGGAUAAAAGCAUACAUGAAAAAAAAGGUCUUUAUUUCUUUAGUGAUUUUCAACUAUUUCUAAAUAGGAUAUGGGCUCUUGCUUAGGAAUAAUAUCCAACGUACUAAUACAAGUACGAAAGAAAAAAAAAUUGAGAUUAGAUUUUUAGGCUUACGAGGGCCAAAGAGUGACAUUUGUAAUAGUGGUCAUUAAUGUAUAGCCUAACUUUUUGUUUAGUAAUAUGCACUACUUGCAAAGAUUUAGAUGCCGGGUUUUUAUAUGAUUUAUUAAUACAGUUAAUGUGCAAACUGACAAAUUUUAUAAUUGAUAUAGGCUAUUUCCUAAAAUGAAAUGCAAAUAGUCAUUAUUACUAAUUUUUCUCCAUUUAAUGUUUUUGUUUAGUUCAAUACUCUGAACAUAAUUGUGUACACAUUUCAGAAAUUUUGGGAAGACAAAGAGGGUUUGCAAUCAUUAUUUUUACACCACUUUUGUAUGAACAGAAACAUUAGGUUAACAUGUUAAUUACGUCUUCCUCAAUCAAACGUGAAAAUUAAAUUAUUUUCUACUUAUGCUGGCCCAAGUGUAUGGCUAAGUUCCUUGACAUAUUUUCAAAUACUUUUAAAAAAUAAUACUGCUUCCAGUAAAUGAUUCACAAAGAAAAAAAUGACAGCAUUUCUACUACCUUUAAAAAAAAUUUACUUUGUAAGCAUACAAUAUAGAAUUUUACAUUUAAUAUAAAAUUUUGUUUGACAGUUCUGAAAGAGCUUGUGCUCUUUUUACAAUUUUUUUGUCAUUAAGACUUAAUGCCUCUGUGUUAGGCCUGUGCUGAAUGAGGUGCCAGAUUGCUGCCACAUUUCAAUGCCUUGAUUAACUAUAACUUCUGACACUUCUUCUGAGAUGUUACCCAAACAAUCUAGAACACUAUCAACUGUUGUACAUUUCAAUAGUAGACGUCGAAGUGUUAUUAAGAGAACAACAGCAACAAAAAUUAGCACCUUGCACGAUCCUCCAAUUAACUUAUCCCAUACUUUCUCUAGAGAUGAUUCACUUAUAAUUCCCGCAAAGCAACAACACAACCAAUUAUGGAAUGGAAUUGCACUAAUUGCACCAAUUUCCACUAAAUGUUCAUUAAGAUCUUGAUCUUCCUUUUCUAAUUGAGUUUUUGUCAACGCAAUUAAAUGUGGUAUAUCAUUGAAAAAUUUAACAACACAUUCAAAAAAGCCCUUUGAAAUCCAAUAUGCAUCUACGUCACUUUCAAAUAUACUAGAUAAAGUAUGAGAAAUGGCAGCAAGAUUGUUAUGUAACUCACUAUCUAACUGUCCAACAAAAUCAAAUUUCAAUUUCCCCGUUUCCAAGAGCCACAUGAGAAUAUAAAGCUGUGGUUUAGAUGUUUGAUUAUUUACAAUGCGCAUGGUUUUCAACCCAUGCAAAAGGUCUUUAUAUUGCUGUUCUCUCUGCUUCAUUACAAAUGGAUGACUGUCAACAUGAAUAGGAACAACACGAAGUAACAAUUUCCAGACAAGAUUUCUGUACAAGCCUGGAACAGUAAAUCUUAAACAGAACUGUCUAAUUUUUCCGACAUCGAUUGGUUUAUCCUUCAAUAGAAUUUCUAGGGAUUUUUUCUCUUCUACACUUCUGAAACCAACUUUCUCAUAGUAUGAAGAUCGAAAAUUUCUGUCAUCAGAAGCCAUUGCCCUUUGGUUGAGGUAACUUCAAU